GUUUCAAGGCCUUGGCAGGAUCUGCAGAGACAGGAAGGGCCGGCUUCUGGACCAUCGCCUCCCGGACCGCUCUCGAGGUUCCCCGCGAGACGCCCCCCCAAAACCUGCAAACUUUUUUUUUUCCAAGCAAGGUUUGAAGUUCGGGGUGUGCGCCGCCUCGUCCUCCAGACGCGGGUGGCGCCUCCCGACCCAGCAUCCUUCCAGUCGUCCGACUCAAGGGUCGGUUCCUGCACAGUCAGGGUGAUUGGCUGCCGACGAGAGAGACCCGUCGGAGAAGGUGGAUCUGAUUUACUGGACGUCUCUUCCUCCUUCCUUUCCCUCUGCCCCUCUGCCAGAGGCAGCAGCUGGGCAUGCCUGUGGGCACCGGCUGUGGUACCGGGAAGGGCCGCCCUUACUUCUCUGGAAUCGGUUUGAUUUUUCUUUUCUCUCUGCCGGAAAGGAAAGGAUCGGCUGGAUUUCCUCCCUCCUGCCAUUCCCUGGCAUCACCACCUCCUUUCUUGUAGGAGCUUCUCCCUUGAUCCAUGGCUCCCCCAGAAGCACCAGUGCGGACCCCUUGCUUAUAACUCCCUGGUCCCAGAAGAAGAAUGAGGCUGAUCUGGAGGAGCGGAGAACCCCUUUCCUGCAUCGUCUAUCGCCUCUCUCCCCCAUCGUCUAUCGCCCCUCCGAAGCUCGUGGGCCUGCUUUCAAGCAGCUAGCACCAUCGUCCAAAGGGUCAAGGCGAGCCGUUUCCACCGACGGGCUCGGCUUUCCCUCCGAUUUCUGAAAGGGCCGGCCGUCUCUGGCUUUUUAUUUUUCCUUGCGGGAGACGUAUUUCGCACUCGUACCUGUGAGAGCUCGAACGUGACCUUCCACGAGAUGGAUUUCACAUGGAAGCCAUGGGGAGCCGUUUGGUUUUUCGGCUGAGGAUGGGGGUCUCUGCCUCCUCCGGCUGGCGCCUUCCACGAGAUUCCUUCUGAUCAUUUCCUACGAUCCUCGCUUUUUAACAUUUUUGAUGCAUGAGGCCAUAACGGGGCGCUUUCUCAGCUUUUGCUCCCGCUGGCUUGGCCUCGUGGUGGAGCGAAGCGCAGAAAUCCAGGGACUGGACUUGAUGAUUUAGGAGACCCCUUCUAGCUCUGCAGUUCUUAAGAGGAUGAUGGGGAUUCUCUAACCUGGGAAAACAGCUUUUGAGGGAGAUAAGCCAAAAUAUUUGACCUUUUCUCCCCUUCCAGAGUCAUACACUAUUCCUUCUCAGGUGGCUGAAUUUUAAAAUAUCAGAAACGCUGGCGCCAAACCCUCCUUGCUACUUUCUCACCUCCAAUUCCUUCCUUCCGAUUCUAAGCUUCCGCUUUCCGUGAAAGGGAGGGCGCUCUGCGCGCGUUCAGAGGCACCCUUUGCUCGGCCGCCUGGGACACUGCCCCUGCUCGAGCAACGCCACGGCGUGGUCUCAAACCGAACACCCACGCUCCUAUCCUCCGCGCACAGAUGCAGCGUGGGUUUUGUGGGUUAAAACGAAGACAAAGAUGAACACCAGCCAACGCAAGGCACAACCACCCAAUAAACACUGAAACAUUUGCUAUAUAUAUUUUGAAAGGAGCGACAUGUAUUUCCAUAUUUGCUCGACUUCUCUCCUUUUUGCCCAAAAGGGGAUCCAGCUGAGCUUUGUAAAACGGCUUUAUCCUUUGAGCGGCGUCGCUGUCGAAGCCUGAAUCCUCCGGACUUGAACCUGCGUUUCUCCAGCCCUCGGCUGGCUCCCGGGCUCCCUGGCCGGUCCUUCGUUCUCCGGGGCCCCCGUCAUGCCCUCUCGCAGCGACUCUAGUUACUCCCUGACCGGCUACACGUCUCGCAGCUUCACGCACCUCCGCGUCCGGCGGGCCUGGCUUCAAGUCCUCCUCCUCCUCGGCUUCAUCCAGAUGGUCCUGGGCAUCUUGAUCGUCACGCUCAGCCUCUUGGUGACCACCAACAUCUCUUCGCAAAACUCCAUCCGCAGCUCCUGCCCCAUCUGGGCCGGUUUCCCGCUGGCAUUCUCUGGUGUAGUUGGUAUUGUUUCCUGGAGACGCCCGUUCACCCCCGUGAUCACUUUCUUCACUCUUCUCUCCAUCCUCGGGGUUAUGCUUAGCUUGGCUGGUUCCAUCUUGUCCUGUCAACACGCCCAGAAAGUGAAGGCCUGGGAGAUUUGUGAGCGAGCACGCCAGCGAGACCUCCCCCCGGUCAUGAAAGAAGAGGGGUGGAGGCGAACCCUGAAGAGCAACCCCCAAAAGUGUUUCCAUUACCCCAGGGAUCACGGAAUUCCUUGCAUGGCUAACAACGAGCGAAAUCCCGGUUGCACCCAAAUCCUUGUGGUUCUUAAGGACCUUCUUUUCAGUGUUUGCGGCCUGACUAUUUUUGCCAUCGUGGUCUGCACCCUUUCUGCCAUUAUGUGUUGCAUCCACAUCUUUUCCGUGGAUCUCCUCCAUGUGCUUUCUCCACCACGAUCCAGCUCGGUAACGCUGGAUUGCACCUCUCCUCCAGACACUUUUCUACCCCACAUGCUGGAUCUGGAUGAGUUUGUUCCUCCCAUUCCUCCGCCACCAUAUUAUCCACCAGAAUAUACCUGCAGUUCAGAGACAGAUGCUCAAAGUAUUACGUACAAUGGUUCCAUGGACAGCCCGGUACCCCUGUAUCCCACCGACUUCCCUCCAAGCUAUGAGGCAGUCAUGGGUCUCCACGGUGACAGCCAGGUGACGCUGUUUGACUCGCAGUUCACCGACACCUCGCACGGGCCCUGCUCCUGCAACCGGGUUCCUUCCGUUGUGCUCAGCGGAGAAGGGGUCUCCGUGGACAGCGGCUCCCUAGCGAUGUCCGAAAUCGUGGAUCUUGCCGGCGACAGCAGCCCGUCCGAAGACUCCUGCCUCCUGGAAGGGAGCGGCUCAGCCUGCUCCGUGGACUACGUGCUCUUCCGCUCCAUCCAGCGCAGCCGGGCAGACUACUGCCUGAGCAUGGACUGUGGCCGGUGUGGCCUGCACCCGCAGGGCCCCUUCGAGGAGGCCCCCCAGGCCCGCCUGCGCGGGGAGCGCUCCUAUUCCUGCUCAACGCCUGGCACGGGCUACGGCGGCUCGCUGGAAGUUGGCAGUGCCUUGACCCACAGCUGCCACCGCUUGGAGGGCCUGGGGCGCAGCGUCGGCCCUUGCUUCCCCGAGGUGCGGGUCAAGGCCAAGGCCAAGGGACCCGGGCGACAGCAGCGGCGGAGCAGCGAAUCAUCCUUCCGCUUGCCGUCGGUCCAGGGUCUCCUCGUGAGGUCGCACAGCGAUCCUGGCAUUGCAAUGGCCAGUGACACUGAAGGUGACUUCCAGGAAGUAUUCUGCACCAAGGCAUCAGAGGAUGAUGGAUCCAGUUCCUCAGCAGAUCCAGGACCAUGUUCGGGGGGCUGCGUUUCGCACCCGGGGCCGCCCUCCCAGGCUCACCCGCCAGGAAAGGCCAAGCUGGAGUUGCCACGGAAAGUCCCUCUCCACCUGUCCAAGACCGCCACGCGAUCCCUGGGGGACCUGAAGGUGUGUCGUGGCAGCCGUGGCCUCGUGGCCCGCUUCCUGCACCGAUCGAAGCGCAACCUGGCCUCCGCGGGCAGCGACGUGGCCGGGCGCGGCGGUGCCCAAGGCCGCAAGCAGGGGUCAAGGUGGCGGGCCGAGCGCUGCUCCCCGGAGGGGAUCCACCUGCAGAGCUGCGGCGACCUCAGCUCCACCUCGUCUUUGCGCCGGCUGUUUUCGGGACGCCGGCUCGAGCGACGAAGACCCCGCAGCCUGAGUGGACUCGUCCGAGAGAGUCACAUGUGAAGGGGGGGGCGUCGAGAUGGUCUUUCCGCUGCUUUUUCUCGGGGGGGUCUCAGACUUGGAUCGGACAACUUGUACCUGAAAGAAUUGGGAUUGGGGCCUUUUUUCCGUCCCGUUCCUCAGAGAGAAACCGACAGAGGGGCGCUUAUUCGGGUUCGGAUCCACCGUUCUGAAUUCCCCGGGCGAUGCUCACAAGGGCCACGACCCUGGUCAACUUCCUUUCUUCCCUCCCGUGGAUCGGUACAUCUUACAGAGGAAUCAUCCCGUCUUGCUCUGGAGGAGGAUUUCCUAAACCCAAAGAUACGGUUCAGUGGGGAAUCUCUCACCCCCUUGGCCCUUGGUA